AGUUAAUGUGAAGGUGGAACACUUCAACCUCUAUAUAAUAAUCAGAUUAUGAAGAUUCUGUCUCCUUGCGUCAAUGACGGCUAAAAUGGAAACCCCUUUCUACGACGACGAGGCUCUAGGUGUUCCUCACAACUUCGGACAGCACCAUGCAGAUUACCAACGUUACCAGGGCCACAAGAUGAUGAGUAAGAAGGUGGCACAUAACUUCUCAGGCGGUUCCCACAGCAGCUCUGGCCUGAAACUGUUACAAAGCCAGCCGGGGAGCAACUGCAAUAUCAAUCCUAAUAAUCUGGGAGGGAUUAACAGCAACACAAACAGCUCGUUAAUGCCCGGCGGCUUGUCAGAUAUGAACCUUCUGAAGCUAGCCUCCCCUGACCUCGAGCACCUCAUCAUCCAGUCUAACCAGGGCUUGGUGACGACGUCUCCUGUCCCCAACCCUAACGGAGGUAACCCCUUCAUGUACCGGAACAACGCCACUAACGAACAGGAGGGUUUUGCCGAUGGGUUCGUCAAAGCCCUGGCGGAUCUCCAUAAACAGAACCAGCUGGUCGGAGCUCCCAUGUCCCCCUCCUCCUCUAUGCAAGGCCCCUACCAGAGGAACAUCAUGUCUGCAGGAGACCUGCCCAUCUAUACAAACCUCAGCAGCUACAACCCCAACCACCCCAACCAUAUAUCAUCAUCCUACCCAGGGGGCCAGAUGCCCGGCGGCUACCCAUGCCACGGCCCCCACGGACCCGGAGGCCAGGGGUCGCACCAUCCCCACAACAGGGGUUUGGACGCCCCUCAGACUGUCCCAGAGAUACGCCACACUUCCGGGGACCCCACCUCCUCCCCUCCCUCCCUCUCUCCCAUCGACCUGGAGACCCAGGAGAGGAUCAAGGCCGAGAGGAAGAAACUACGUAACCGGAUCGCGGCGUCUAAGUGUCGUAAAAGGAAGCUGGAGCGAAUCUCCAGGCUAGAGGAAAAGGUGAAGGUUCUGAAGACCCAGAACUGUGACCUGACCUCCACCGCCUCGGUCCUGAGGGAACAGGUGGCCCAGCUCAAACAGAAAGUCAUGAAUCACGUCACCAACGGCUGCCAAAUAGCUGUCAGCUCAGCAGCCCUGCAGUCCAAGAGCACCGGGGAGAGGGAGAGCACCAGCUGCUGAUCAACGGACUGUACUGUACAGGGAUGAGGAGGGUGGUUUUCUGUUGCUCUGAGUCAGUCCUCUCUGACGGAAUUAGUACCUCUACAAGGUAAAUGAUGGGUGUUGUGAGGGUAAAUAAAGUACGCUAACUACAUGAGUGGUUGGGGAGAAGGGAGAAUCCCACCUCUCUAUGCUAACUACGUGAGAUGUUGGGGAGAAGGGAGAAUCCCACCUCUCUAUGCUAACUACGUGUGAUGUUGGGGACAAGGGAGAAUCCCACCUCUCUAACCUCUACAGACACUUUGAGUUGUAGUAGUAACACAACAAGAGAAGAACAUGGGACACCUUUCUACUUUAGUUUUGUCCUCCCGCUGCCCCGACAGUGACCAAAGUAUCUGUGCUCAAUAGGAGCACAUUAAACCACACACACAGCAGAGUACCAGACUGAAGACUGUGCUCUACAACACUGACCUUUGUACAUAACCAGGCAACCAUAGGAGAGUGAGGAGCGGAGGACAUUGUGCCUCUAGUAUACAGUUCAGUAGGUCCCGGGCUUUUGUGGUAAACAGGAAUUCUAAUAACUGAGAGGGUGUGAAACAUUCAAGGUUUCCCUGUAGGGUAGACGUACAUGUCACCUCAGAACGGGAAUUCCUACAUUCUAAAAGGUCAUCUCUCUCUCUUAUGAUUUCAGAGAAAAACAUUUCCAAAGGCAGAUCUACGGUAUUUCUUACUGUCGUUUCCGUAGUAUUUUUG